CACAAUGUCUGAUCACGCGCCUGCCAUUAAUGCGUCGGAACAUUCUCUUGGACUCGUUUUGCCUUCAUUUGACGUUUCUAACCCACGUGUUUGGUUUGUUCAAGUGGAAGCUGUUUUCCGUUUUCGUAAGAUUACAUCCCAGUCCACUAUGUUUUCAUAUGUGACUGCUCACUUACCGUCCAACAUCGCCUCUGAGGUCAUCGACAUUCUUGACCCUAUGCCCCUAGAGUCCCCUUAUGAUAAACUUAAGGCAGCUAUAUUAAAGCGCACUACAACCUCAGACGAAUCACGCCUCCAGCAGUUACUCUCUGGUGUAGAACUUGGAGAUAGAACGCCAUCUCAGUUACUCCGACACAUGCGUUCCCUCGUCGGUUCUUCUGCACUGGAUGAUUCCGUUCUCCGCCAGUUGUGGAGUAAUUGUCUUCCUGCGAAUACCACGGCUAUUUUAGCUGUGCUUGCCGACGAUCUUCCGCUAGACAAACUGGCAGAAGCUGCCGAUAAGGUUCACGAACGCUUCAUUAGAACGUCGGUAUCACACGUCACAGAGACUAGCUCAGGCAGCCCCUCCAGAACCACGCUACUUGAUACAAUCAGCGAGAGGCUUUCUAACUUAGAGCUCACCUUGUCCCAUCUCAGACGCGACCGCGUUCCUUCGCGACGAUCCGUUUCUCGAUCCAGACGGUCUGCAGUUCUCGUACACGGAAGUCUCACCGUUAUUGUUAUUAUCACCACCGCUUCGGAGACGCAGCGCAAGUACAGCCACAUCCUCGUUGCAGGAGAUUUCAACACCCAUGACUUGGAAAAUCCAGCAUCCGAGACAGAGGUGUUCAAGGCAUAUUUGCAAGAGCUACUCUCUAGCACCUUCUUGUAUAACCACGUCACCGUUCCAACCAGGUUCAGACAGGAAACAACCCAUCGAUAUUAG